AGGAACUCUUCAGCCAAUCUAUGAUAAGGCACCAACUGUUGAUGAAAGCCUAGAGGUCACCACCCUGUGUGACUUGGUUAUUGUCAACAUGGACUCCAGGCCUCAGAGCAAGAGAAUGGUUUUGGAUGUUGGGACAUGGGAGCAGACAUUUCAAGAACUGAUCUGGCAGGAGAAACUCCAGGCAAGAUGGACCCUGAAGAUGGAUGGGAACCUUCGGCCAGACUGUGCAGCCCUAGGGUGGAAGCAAUACAAGCAGAGAGCAUUUGGCAGGUUCUGGUGUUCCUCAUGCCGUCGAAGCUGGGCUUCCGCCCAAGUGCAGAUCCUAUUUCACAUGUACCUGGAGCACCAGAAGUCCCAGGGGAAGGUGCUUGUGCGGCUCUUUGGUCAGAGGUGCCGGAAGUGUUCCCAGUCUCAAUUUGAGAAGCCUGAGUUCUCCCUGGAUAGCACCAAGAGGAUUCUGAACAACCUGGUACAGCGUAUUCUGGAGAGAUUCUACAGAAAUGGCAUCAGGAAGGUUUUGGAGAUACCAGUAAUCCAGGAGGUGCCUUUGGAUGGGCACCAUGAUAUGGCCAAUUGUGAGGCAUGUGCUCUGGGCUUCUGUAUACAGAACUUACAAAACUGCAUGACAGAGCCAGCCAAAUCCUCUCUCUCCUACAUGAAGACUGGGAGCUCCUCUCCUCACCUUGGUGACGUGUGUGGCCAAAACCGAGCUAGGAACCAGUCAUCUGAGGCAAAGGAGACUCAGGGAAGUGGGUAUUCCUGCGCCCAUAAAGGCCCAGGACCCAGCCAUGCCACUGCUGGGAUCCAAGUGCCUGGGGCAGGCCCUCAGCGCAAAUGGGAGACGGGCCGACUGCUCACACCAGGGGCAGACCAGCAGGCUGCACAGGAAACAGGCCCACAGCCCAUCCAAGUAGCAGGAUCACUUCCCCCAGGGUGGACAGACCCACGGCCCAGACAAGCAAUAGGUCCAUUACCUAAAGGGUUGGCACAUUCACAAUCCACACUGGGGACAGGACCACAGACCCCCCGGCUGACAUAUUCUCAGGCUAUAAAGAUGUCAGGCCAGCAGUUAACACAGGACGCACAAGCCACCCAAGGGGCAGAUCGUCAGACUACAAAGGUGACAGACCCACAGCCCACACGGGGGACAAUCCCAAGGGCCACAUCAAGGUCAGACACUCAGGCUACAAGGAGGGCAGGCCCACCACUGGGGUCAAACUCACAGCCCACAUGGGGAACAGGCCCCAGGGCUACAUGUAGGACCUUCAGUGAAAGUCAAGCUACCUGGGGCAGGCAGGAGAGGCGCUCACCUAGACAGCUUUUUCAGAUUAUCUCCCCCAGUGCUACCAAAUGAUUCCCUUAACCAGGAGCAGCUGUUCAGGUGGGGCUAUGUCUGUGUUGUUGCUCUGUUUACCUUUUUGGUAUCUA